AAAAUGAAUCUUUACCAAUGGAAUUUGUACUGAAGUGGAGUUGAGGGUGAGGGAGUGAACGCGGCCACACUAUUGUUGACACUGAGGAGGCCGUCUGUCACUACGGGGCAAGAAAACUCUACUCUUUAGUGUUUUUUAAGACCAGAAAAGGUUAAGAAGUACAUAACAAAUUAGAAGGGUCAAUGUAUGGUCUUGACUAAGGCAGCCCCACAAGUCUUUAAGUGAUGGUUCUUGAGCCAGCUACCAGCAGUAAAGCUGGCACCAUUCGUUCACUUUUGAUCUGAGCUUGGAGAGAACGAUGGUCAGAUCUGCAAUGGGGAAUUCAUAUCAAAACUGUGUUACCAAGAGCUGUGAGUGGCGACAUUUACCACCUGGCAGAUUACAUCCUUCAGCAGGCUCUUAUGGGUCCACUGCCCAACAACCUCAUGCUCUCUUACCUCAAACACUCACUCAGUUCUCAGAUUGUGUCAUAUGGUGGUGUGAUAGAGAGCAUCAGCAAGUAUGAUGGUCUUCAUAAGCCACACUGUGUACACGCUCUGCUCACCCUGAUGCAGUCCAUGAUGAAAAGUGUAUCAUGCAGAGGGAAGCCUGAAGACUGUUUGAUGUUGGCUACGUCUAUUGUUGCUGGGGUUAAAUGGCUGGUGCAGGUGACUGGCUGGACUACACAACAGCUGCUGGACUUACGCAAUGCACCAGAACUCUCCACUAACCUCAACCUGGCAGCCUCCAUCCUGACGGACAUCUUCAAAUGCCCAUUCCUCAUUUGUAUGCUGGAAAUUGGCCGUCGAGAAGAGCCGGGUACUUGGAGUAAUUGUGUGAAAAAGAUGGUAGAAGUUGAGACUCUCUUGGCUGGUGCUGGUGCCAUAGUGGAGAACAAAGACCUCCUUAUUAUAACAACAUGUCAGUUGCGGGAUUAUCAGCCCCUGGAUAGUAUUGGCAUCAAGCACAUCUUUGACAGCAGGAGUGUUCCUCUAUGUUACGCUAUGCAUAGUCUUGUGAUGCUGGAAGUCAUGACUCACACCACACGUGAUGCUUCUACAUUUGCCCACCAACUGCUGCUCCUUCAGCAACUCCAGGGACUGAGUACCAUGGAGCUGUAUCUAGAACUACUGAGAAAUAGUUUCAUAGGUCUAAGUUGUCCAGAACACCGUGCAUAUCAAGAGCUUAAAUGGGUGGGCUUCACGUUCAUAAAGGUCCCAUCUAUACUCUACACCAUUCAUGUCAUUUUCAGUGGGGAAUCUACGAGUGGAGAAUCUGAGGAUUUGCUAACAGCUGUGCAGCGUCUGUCCCAGUUAACAAUACUCUUGGACCAAGUGGACUCCCGUAUCAACUGUAACUGCUUAGAGUAUUUACUGAAUGAACUUGUCAACAAGACCAGCCUUAUUUCAGAAACAGAUGCUCAAGCCAUCAUUGCAGUAAGAGUUCAGGAAUCCAAUGUGCUUGCUAAUAUCCAGAAUAAUGAUGCUCAGAUGUCACAUCCAGGAAGCCCAAACCUCAUCCUUCGUGCUCAGCCCACUGUCACUAGUAUCUUGAAGACCCUCAGUAAUAAGAACCAGGAAUCUGUCUUACCUGUCAUGAAUCUUCUGAUCAGCGGUAAGAGCCGGGACCUGCUGCUGGCAGCUGCGGCAGCCUCAGGCAGCCUUCAUAUAUUUGCACAGAAAUUUGUUAAGUUUAAUGAGCUUAGUAUGGAUCCCCAGCCUGGAGAGACGACAAAAAUGGCCAUCAAUCGAGCGUUGAUGUUUGAUAUUUCCUUUCUUUUGCUCUGCCACAUUGUGCAGCAGUAUGGUAUUGAUGUUGUGGUGUCAGAAAAAUGCGAGACCUUUGUGGAACAGUGGAUGAAAGAAAACAUGCCUGAGUUGGGUCGCGUCAAGGCUCCACUGAUGUCUGUCCGUACUGAUCAGAAUGCUGUGGAAGAGUUCAUCAGAGAAGUUAAUGUUUCUGAGCUGGAUAAAAAAUACAAUAUGGUGAGGUGGAGUGAUGUUUGCCAAGUAGCAGCAGUAGCGCUCAGAGAAGUAGUGAGCGCUUCACAACAGGGAGCACUUCCAGUUCAGCAUGUUAAGGAACUUCUGGACCGACUGAGUUAUCAUCUGUGUUGCCUCCCUAUUUGUGUGGGUACAUGGCUCUGUUCCCAUGUUCAGGUUGUGGAUGCAGACCAGGCAGCUGAGCCCCUGAAUUUCCUACAUUACCUGCAGACUUCUCUCGGUGAUCAUGACCCAUCUGUAGCCACCCUUGAUAACUUUAAAGACAGGUCAACACUGAUGGUUGAAAUAGCUGAGAACAUGGUGCAGGUGAUGAAGGGAGGAGUCCAAGCUGCCUCAAACACUAGCAGCAGUAGCAACAGUAACAACAGAAAUGGGAGCAACAAUCCAGGAGACUCGAGUAUUCUGUCUUAUUUGUUCUCCCAAGAGCCACUGUCUCACCUGCUGAGGGAGACCUGGAACCAAGUAUUCCCCGGUGGCAUCAUCACUCAUCAUGCCUUGGCCACCUUCAAAGAUUUGUUACGACUUGGUGGAACGAGAUGGUUUGUCUGUGACCUAAUUAAAGUAGGGAUGCAGAGUGUCUUCCACUCUGAUCUGACUCGUGGCAUGGACUUGAUUUAUGGUCUACUGCAUCAGAAUGUAGUUGGUUGUACAUUAAGCUUACUGGUACAUGCAUUACCCAUGCAUAUAUCUGGAUCUUGUUCAGGGGAGUUAAUAAGCAAGCAAAGAACAGAAGCGUUGGCUCGCCUUGCAGUCAUGAUGAUUAUAUCAGCUUGGCUGGCCGUCCAACAACCCCCUGUUAAAGCCGAGUCUGCAACAUCAAUAAACUUGGUGAUGGGAGGUGGUGGAAAUGUGAGCUUGAAGAGGACCUACCAUGACCGGGAGCUGGAGGACCUGGAGGCUAACCUGCAGCAGCAUUCUGUGGAUCUGGCAAUUCCUCGGGGCACCCCGGGACUAACUAAAGAUGGGACAUCUCUCUUGGCUGCCGUCCAGUCACUACUGAAGCUUAUGACGCAGGUAAGCCAGGCUGGAGUUGUGAGCCCUGUAUCUCAACUGGUAGUGGACAUUCUGCAUGAACUCAUUGCUGCGCCAUACAACCACACCCUUCUUACGCUAACUCCACCAGCACUUCUCCCCAACUUGGUGCCACUACUGUCCUCACCAGAUGCAUUUACUUAUGCGGAACUCUUAGCCAUCACCGCCCCCAAGCCCGCCUCACAGCCUGAUACAGCAAGAGAAUUUGUAGGCAACUUCAUAGGAGCUCAAACACCAGCUCAGGCAGCUGGAGCAAGAAGAGCAGCAGCAAAACUCUUAUGUGUACAGCGCAAUUUAUGCUUAUCCAAUGAAUCUUCUUUAGAGCCUGUGUUUUAAAUUGUUGUCUAUGUACAGAUUCUGUAUUUAUGGUGUAUAACCAUAAUACUGGACUGCUGCAUAUGUACAACCUCACAUGAUAUGAAAGGAAUGUAAAUUGUUUCACUAUGUAGAAAUAAUCAAGGUACAUAAAUGAAAAUUCACAAAAGGAAGAACCAAUUAAAAAAGACAAAUAUAGACAAUACUACAGCCUUGUGUUUGAUACAUCUCUCGUUGGGGCUGCACUCUCAACAGAUAUAUUUAUUAUGGAAAUAAACUUUUUAGAAUUAU